AUGCCGCCUAGGAAGAGCAAUGUAUCGGCCGUGUCGAAUGAAGAGAGCCCAGCAGCACCCAGAUCAGCGCCUCGCGAUGAAAGCUUAGGUGUUGAGGACCUUAACCUCCCAAAGUCGAUAGUACAGCGACUGGCCAAAGGUGUACUGCCGCCAAAUACUCAAAUCCAGAAAGAUGCGCUUCUUGCUAUGAGCAAGAGCGCAACUGUAUUCGUCAACUAUGUUACAUCAUGCGCGGCCGAAAAAGCCAUUGCCAGCGGCAAGAAGACAGUCAUGCCAAAAGACGUGUUUGAAGCCAUGGCCGAGCUCGAAUUCGCUUUCAUGCUCCCCCGCCUCGAAGCCGAAGUCACAAAGUUCACGUCGAUACAAGCCGAUAAGCGGAACACAUACAGGAAAAAGGUGCGCGAGGAGAAGAAGGGUACCAGUGGCACCACAGGGGCUGCUUUUUCGACUCCCAUGAAAUCAGCGGGGAAUGGAGAUGUAGUUAUGGAGGGCACGGAUGAUGGUGGGGAAAGGGCGACAAAGAGGAUGCGAAGAGAAAGUGGAGAAGGGGGAGAAGGAGACGUCACUGAGGAGGAGGGAGACGAGACGGUGGAUGUGGAAGACGAGGAAGUUGAGGACGAUGAGAUCGAGGAGGAGGUCGAGGAGGAGCGACUGAUGGAGGAUCCACUGGAGGAAAAAGAGGACAAGGAGGACGAAGACGAAGACGGCAACGACAGCGAUUGA